AGUAAACUCUCUUCAUCGUUAUAAUGCUCGUGACAGCACCCGCAACAACAACUGGAGCAACCAAAGCGCAUCAAGGUGACUUGUCGUCUGUGUUUGUGCACUUGGGAGCCAAACCGCCAGCGUUGGACCCCCGCUUCAUUAAGCUGAAGCAGGAGAUUGCCCCAUCCGAUCCAAGUGUGCUUCAAGCUGCAUACGAACGCGUGGUGAAGGCACUCAAGAACGAAUCACUCGAGAUCCGCCAGCGUGGACCUAAUGUGAUCCCGGAAAUCCCGUUCCAAUCCAUUGUUGAAAACAACGGCCGACUUCCUGACGACAUUGCUGCGCAAGUCAAGAAGCGCGGUGUGCUUGUGGUCCGUGGCCUCAUUGAUGAGACCACGGCCAAAGCGUACAAGCAGCAGAUCCUGGACUGUAUCGAUGCACAUCGUGACACGAUUGUUGGUUUUCCGGCUGAUAAACCACAGGCUUGGGAACUCUAUUUCACAAAGGCACAGUGUGCUUGCCGAUCGCAUCCUAAUUUCACGACUGCAGCGUUGGCAUUGAAUCAGUUGUGGCAUGCUACUUCAGAGACUGAGGUUGAUCUGGAAAAUAACUUGUGCUAUUGUGAUCGCUUGCGUAUCCGACAGCCCGGGGAUGCAACAUUUGCUUUGUCGGGUCACGUGGAUGGUGGAUCUGUAGAGCGCUGGGAAGACCCUACGUAUCGCAAGUGCUAUCAAAAGAUCUUUGAAGGAGCAUGGGAGGAACAUGAUUCUUUUGAUGUAACGCAUCGUGUCGAUGCCGAGAUGGACAUGUAUAACUCGCCCGGUGGCUGCUCGAUGUAUCGCAUUUUCCAAGGAUGGGUAUCUCUGUCCAGCAUAGGACCUGGUGGAGGCACGCUCAAAGUGUGUCCCUUGGUCAAAGAGCCGAUGGCGUAUAUUUUGAUGAAGCCGCUACUUGAGCCCCAUCUUCAAAAGAGCGACUUGCUUGGAUCUUGGCCAGGUCGAUGCAGCGAUAUCACUCCAGAAAACCAUCCAGAAAUCAUUAACGAUUGCAUGGUUUCUGUGCCUCACGUCAAUUUCGGCGAUGCUGUAUUUUGGCACUGUGAUCAAGUACACGCAGUCGAACCAAAGAACGAAUCCAACUGUGAUUCGUCUGUGCUGUACAUCCCAAGCUCACCGGUGUGUCGUCGCAACUCGGAAUAUCUGAAGCGUCAGCGUGACAUGUUCAUCAAAGGAUGGACACCGCCCGACUUUCCCGCCAACAACUGCGAGGAAAACAUUGAAGGCUUCCGUGCAACGCCCUCGACGCUCGAUGCGAAUCAAAAACUCGGCAUGGGGCUCACACCGCUGCCGAUCCCACCACACGAAGGACACAAAGAGGAGGGAAGUUUGACGCCCGGACAGCGUAAGGCGCGAUUGCAGCAUAAUCAGAUUCUCUCGCCGUUCCCAACACCUUGAAGUCUCUUUAUGAUAGCAAUGUGAUGAAAUGAGCUUAGACAAAACAUAGGAGUAGCUGCUGCGCU